AUGCACUACCAGUUUAAGGAUAUCUAUACAGCAGAGAGAUAUAGAUUUUGCCAGCUGGCAGUAAGGCGGGCCAAUGUCAGUGGCUUCUACAGCGCACCGUAUAAUUUCUUACACAGCCUGACUCGUUUCAAAACGGCAGCAGCACCACAGCGCAGCUGUUCCAGACUGUCAGCUGUUGACGAUCCACUGUGUGCUGACGAUUUGCGCGCACUGGAUGAUAAUGCAGACAUGUCGCUAAUGGGUUUCUUUCCUUACGGCAACGGCACUACGACAUCGAAGGAAUCCAAAACACGCAUCGUGAAUACUAUGCCUGGUGGCGGGUGUUAUGUUAACGAGAUUGACUGGAUGGAGGAGAAUUGGCAGCAGACGUUCUUUGGGAGUAAUUAUGAGAGGUUAGCAAAAGUGAAGAGGAGUGUGUUGGCUAAGACUGGGGUGGCGAAUUCGAUGUAUAAUUGCUAUGGGCAGAGUGGGAGGGAGCCGAUGGCUAGUAUUCCCUGGGACCUGUGGGCUGAGGGUUACAUUGUGCGGUUUGGUGCACGUUCAUAG